GACUCAUAAAAAUCCAAUUACAGCUCUGCGAAUGAAACUGAUGACAUUACUCAUCUGAUGUGUUCAAGAUUCUCAGAGAAUGAGAGGAUUAGAGGAAUUGUAGACCUUCUCUGGAUUGAUAUGGGGAUGACCUUUGGCCCCAACAUGACAGGCUGCCUUGCUGUCUGCUGCAACCUAAUCACAGGUCAAAGUCUGCCUUCCUGCUGGCAGAGCCUGUAGGAGCAGAGUGUGUUUUUGUCCCUCAUUCUCUUCACUCCUCUCACCUUGUUAACACCACCUCUCCUCCUGGGGAGCUUCCUCUGCUCGGAUUGUCACCAGUUUCAACACCAUGCUGCUUCGGACCGUGGCCCUGCUCCUUCUCUGCGUGUCUGCGGGCAUGUGCGCCACUUUAGGCCACUACCAGGCUGAAGAAAAAGAAGACGAGGCCCCUGCUGUUGCUGAUGGUGUUGUGGAACCUCCCUCUGUAGAUGCAGCUGAAGAGGGUGGAGAUGCUAAAGUGGCUGAUUCGCCUGCAGCCGAGGAGCCUGCAGCUCAUCCCCUCACUGGUGACAUUUUACCAGCUGAAACGCUCGCAGCGGAUGAGCCAGCAGCUGACGAACCUCAGGUGGAUGUCCCCAUGGCAGAUGGUGCAACAGCCGAAGAGCCAGGGACAGACAGUGAUAGGCCUGCUGAAGACAGCCCUGCCGUGGAAGCUGUGACCGGUGAGGCUGUCACCCACGAUCAGCCUUCUGAAGAGGAGGAGGAGGGGAAUGAAAUCAGACCAGUUCAGACAGACCAGUCCCUGGACAGACCCUUGGCACAAGAAGAUAACAGUUGGAGCCUCAACUCAAUUAGAAGUAGUUUCCAGACUGUGCACGGAUACUUUGACUCCCUGGUGGAGCUGGUCGGGGGUAAAGAUGGCGUGUGUCAGUACCGCUGCAGAUACGGAGAACUUCCUCAACACCGUCCCAGCUACCAGCCCUCAGAGCCUGACGGCUGCAGCUCCUCUCUGGUUGGAUUCCAGGUGAAUACUGCUCUGGACCUGGGGAUCCCCGCUAUGACACAGUGCUGCAACCAGCUCGACGUGUGCUACGACACUUGUGGGACGAGCAAGUACGACUGUGACUCCAAGUUUCGCCUGUGUCUGCAUGGCAUCUGCUCGGAUCUUAAUAAGAGUCUGGGCUUUGUGAACCGAGUACAAGCCUGUGAAACGAUGGCCGACACUCUAUUCAACACAGUGUGGACUCUGGGUUGUAGAUCCUACAUGAACAGCCAGAGGGCAGCGUGUGUCUGCGAGGGAGAGGAGAGGGAUGAACUGUGACACACAACACUAUGGACUCCUGGGUGCUUAUGCUAUAUAUUUAUAAGCGUUUUCAUGAAACACAAGAAAAUUCAUAUGAGCCCUCUUGAGACUUUGAAACUGGGACUUAAAAAACACCUAAAUGAGGAAUGCAAAAACAGUUUCUCGGGUUUAAUUCAGCGGCAGGACUAACAGGUAUCUGGAUUUGACUUUCAGAAACUUCAUUAAUUGCAUAUGUAUGUGAUACACUCAGAACUCCAUUUCAUUUCUUUUUGGCCAUUUAUUAGGCCUCUAUGACUCCAUUACCAUAAAUUAGUUUGGUGACUUCAAACAAAGUGCAUGAUGUGAGGGAUGCUGCAGUUGGAUUCAUUUCCUCUGGAUAGAAACACACAAGGUAAUUACUAUGGUGCACUGCCUAUCUGUUAAUUCUGUUAAUGUCAUGUAAAUGUAAUGCAUAUUACAGCUACAACGACUGUAUCUGAGGUAAGUUAUUAGCCAGCUAUUUGAUGUUUUUUGUGAGUAAAUGUAACUGAUUGCAGUUUAACUGACACGACUAACUCUAAAUGAAUUGUCAGAGCGAUGAAGCGGAUGCAUAUUUUCCAGUCACGGCACCCUGGUGUCUCUUUUCCACCUCCCUGGAAUGUGUGACGUGCUCGCCACCGUCGAUUUCACUGAGCGAGUGAAUCAUACGACUGUGGAUGUUCCACAUGUAUUUUUUAAGUCAGUGAUGUGGUGUUAAAUAGUCACAAUUUUCUAUGAAUCCACUAAAUCUGUAAGCUGCGAUCAAGGCUGGGAAAAGCCUCAAACCGUGACCUAGAAAAGCAUCCUUCAUGCUGUAGUUGUUACAAAUGAACUGUGGCCCCUCUGAAUGAUUUCUAAUAGAAAUGCCAUUCACUUUAAUGUCAGUAAAUUGUGCUGCUGGGCAAAGUGGCAAAGACACAAACUGGGAUGUAUGAAGCAGAAUUCAAGUGAGCUACAGCUCUGUGACUGACACUGGAACUCACUGGAGUGAAGAAGAGUGGCGUGUAUAUGUAUAUAUACUGUCAAUAUGCAUGUUUAUCUGUACAACACAACAGACUGCUCUGUGUUUAUCUGUUUGGUGUUUCAGAUGCCAAAUAAACUGAUGCAGUCAGUUCAGCUUUAAUCUAAA